AUGGAUGCCCCAACUGCAGCAACAAUGGAUAUUGCCGUCACAGCAACAAUGGAUGUUGCCGCCGUAGCAACAAUGGAUGCCCCAGCCGCAGCCAUAACAAAUGUUGCAACCUUUGAUGUCGGCACCACUAUCGGUAUCAAUUCAAUCACCA